CACCACAGUCUCUUUCUUUUUAUAUCUUUCCUACAAAACAACAUCGUACAAUGGGAGAUGCGGCGGAGCAAGCACGUGGUUUCCACGUGACCACCACAAGGAAGCAUAUAGUCACGGCUGCUCUCCCUCUCCAGGACCAUUGGCUUCCUCUUUCAAACCUCGACCUCCUCCUCCCUCCUGUCCACGUCAGCGUUUGCUUCUGCUACAAGAAACCACAUCAUUUCUUAUCCGUGGCUGAAACCCUAAAAGCUUCCUUGGCUGAGGCUCUCGUCUCCUACUACGCCUUUGCUGGCGAACUCGUGAAAAACUCCGCCGGAGAACCAGAGAUUCUCUGCAAUAACCGUGGCGUGGACUUCCUCGAGGCGCUUGCUGAUGUGGAGCUCCGAGAGCUUAACUUGCAUGAUCCUGAUGAAAGUAUCGCCAAGCUUGUUCCGAAGAAGAAGCAUGGAGUCCUAGCUAUUCAGGUCACUCAACUUAAAUGUGGGAGCAUAGUGGUUGGAUGCACAUUUGAUCAUCAGAUAGCAGAUGCUUUCUCCAUGAACAUGUUCCUUGUUUCUUGGGCUGAGAUCUCUCGAUCCGAUGUACCAAUCUCUUCUGUCCCAUCGUUCCGGAGAUCAAUGCUGAACCCGCGACGACCUUUGAUUAUCGACUCAUCUAUAGACAAGAUGUAUAUGCCUGUCACGUCUUUGCCCCUUCCACAAGAAACAACCAAUGACCCAGAUAAUAUUCUCACAAGCCGUAUCUACUACAUCAAAGCAAAUGCGUUGGAAGAUCUCCAAAGUCUUGCAAGCAGCAGCUCCUCCAAGAAUGGUUAUAGUCAGAGGACAAAACUCGAGUCGUUCAGCGCGUUUCUAUGGAAAUUGGUGGCGAAACACGCAGGAAGAGAACUAGUCUCGAACAAGAAAUCGAAAAUGGGCAUCGUCGUUGAUGGAAGGAGAAGACUUAUGGAGAAGGAAAACAGCACUUACUUUGGAAACGUUCUUUCCAUCCCAUUUGGUGGGCACAGUAUCAAUGACUUGAUUGACAAGCCAUUGUCUUGGGUGAGCAACGAAGUUCACAAAUUCUUGGAAGAAGCAGUGACAAAAGAUCAUUUCUUAAACUUGAUCGAUUGGGUUGAGAUUCACCGCCCGAUACCGGCAGUGUCGAGGAUCUAUAGUACCGGAGCCAACGAUGGACCCGCUUUUGUGGUUUCCUCCGGGAGGAGUUUUCCGGUGACCAAGGUGGAUUUCGGUUGGGGCUUACCGGUUUUUGGGUCCUACCAUUUCCCAUGGGAAGGCAGCGCCGGAUAUGUGAUGCCAAUGCCGAGUCCCGUGGACGACGAGGACGGAGAUUGGGUGGUUUACUUGUAUCUUACGAAAGGACAGUUAAAGUUCAUUGAAGAUGAGGUUUCCCAUGUGCUUAAACCCAUAGACAAUGACUAUCUCAAGAUUAACACCAUCUUUUAAGUAAAACCCUCAUCUUUUUCUAGUUAAUGUGGUCGACACUGGCACUAUAGCUUGUUUCAACAAUGUUCGAUUAGGUAGAGCCUUUGCCAUAAACAGUUGAUCUAAAA